AAUCUUAAAGUCCCACUGUGGUGAAAAUCAAGUUUUUGUUGUUUAUAUAUCUAUGUGGUGUUUUUAAUAUGCUUUAAAGGAAAACACCACAGUUUUUCAAUAUUUUACUAUGUUAUUACCUCAACUUAGAUGAAUUAAUACAUCCCUUUCUUUUUUCAAUGCGUGCACUUAAUCUUUGUACAGCGUGUCGUAAAUGUGUUAGCAAUUUGCCUAGCCCCAUUCAUUCCUUAGGAUCCAAACAGGGAUGAAUUUAGAAGCCACCAAACACUUCCAAUUUUUCCCUAUUUAAAGACUGUUACAUGAGGAGUUACACGAGUAAAGGGCUCGUUAUAGUUGUGCGUAGGUCUUUACGGCGUAGCCGCGACAGCGUAGGUUCCGCGUCGGUUUUCAUUUAUACUUUUGCGUCGUCAACGUGCAAACACGCCCGCUUUUAAAAAUUUUGCGAGGUGUACGUCAGGCUACGCACAGGCUACGGAUAACUUACUGAGUAGCUACGCUGUCGAGCUUGCGCGACUAUAAAUCGGGCUUAAGUAUGGUGACACAAAAUAAAACUUUUGUUUGGAGCCAUAGGAAUGAAUAGGGCUAGGCUAAAUGCUAACACAUUCAAGAAGCGCUGUACAAAGAUUAAAUAUGCAUUGAAAAGGAUAGGUAUGUAUUAAUUUCCUUUAAAUAGUAACUUAACCCUAAACCAACUUUUUUUAGUUAAUGAUCUGUAAGAAUGAUGCUUUAUUAGUGUUGUUUAUUGAUUUUAGUAAGUUUUUUGACAUUUGGAUAUAAAGUGUUUCAAUACUACAAUAUAUGGUGUAAAAACGCCUGAGUGCUGCCCUCUUCAGGUUGAACGGUGGCUACUGCAGUUUAAUUUUCCUAUUGAAUGUUGGGUCCAAAAAACCUUGUGAUGUAAGCAGGUUCAAGCUCACCACGCCCUUGUUACGAUCUCACCACACACUUGGUACGAGCUUAGUUCUUCCGCUCUAUCUCCGUUGGGAUCUGCCCACUUUUCAUGCAUUUUUCAAAUAUUGCCAGUGGAUGGAGUCAGGUUUAGUCAAAUCAUGCCAAUUCCUUAAUCAACAACACCAUUGAGGAGUUUUUUUUUUAAAUAAUAUUUAGGUUUUCCAAAGACCUCUCAUUACUGCGGUUUAUAAAGCGCCUUGGUUUGCUAUAAAUACACAUGUAACCAAUCACAUCAUCACAUUUGUAAUCACAUGCAAUGUGUAAUAGUCCUGCUAACUGCGAAACAGUUAGUGCCACAAAGGUGCAGUUCACGUAUGCAUUGUGAAACUGGACUUGGCAGUUAUGUGUCUAAAAUUGCCAAAGUUUGCAUCUGUUUAUAUGUACAAAAUUAUGGAGGCGGAGACUCAUUUGGAUAUUCAGUGAUCCGCCUAUACUAAAUGACGGAAUUGCAUUUAAGCAGUUUUAAAGCAUGAAGAAAUCACAGGAAAAGUUUGCCAUUUCAUAUUGUUUACAUGUUUUUUAGGUAAAAAUUUUGAGUCACAUAUUUUCAGAUAUGGUUUCCACUGCAAAUGUUUGGUGCACAUUGCUACUGUUUGUUAUAAAUGUCAUGGCCUGUAUGUUUACAUUGCUGCAAAAUGUAGAGAUAAUGCAUUGCAUGUCAUGAAUGUGUCAGUUUAAAGUAAAUGCUGAUCAUGCUUUACCUUUGCCACAGCUUCACCCUUACACACCUAAUGAUGGACAGAUUAAGAAGUAGAAUGGAAGUCAGUUUCUAUUGGCUGUGAUGGGAUUAACUUUCAUUGUAAUGCUAUCAUAGAGAUUUAAAUCAUUUAUUAACUGAACUGCACUGAUCUUUUUGUUUAUUAUUUGCGUUGAGUAAAUGUCUGAACUUUGGUCAGUCCAUGUUUUUUUCGGUGUAUUGGUUACUAUUAGCAAAACCACGGUUUUACUACAGUAGUCAUGUUUUUUUUAUAACUGUAGUAAAACCAUUGUUAAUUUUCUUAAGGAAAUUUCACUUUCCAACUCUGAAACACCGGAAUACAGACAGAUUUUUGAAGGCGACCUUUAUUCUCAAUGUUUGAACGUGUAGCUAUGCAUGUAUAGCAUAAUCUGAUCUACACAAGUAACAUGAAUAGGCAUGUCAAAGUGUUUUUCAAACAGUCUCCUCCCACUUCCUCUGUGUGUUUAUAAAGCAAACCAGCAGUCUGAGGAUUGUUUUUGUCCCACAGUAAAUCUGGAACAAUGUGGACGGCUGUGAGCAAUUUAGAUGCAUGUACCGUAGGCCUUGCUUUGCUUCUGGGCUUGAUCUCUUUAGUUCUGUAUGAAAUAUUUCGGAUUAAUUUCUCCAGAACCCAAAAUCCGCCCGGGCCAACACCUCUGCCUUUUGUGGGAAACUUACCACAUGUUUGGAAGAAUCCAAUGGAGUUUGUUAAAAUGAUGCCCAAGUAUGGAGAGAUGAGCACUGUGUUUAUAGGAAGAAAGCCAGCAAUAAUGUUAAAUACAAUCCAGAUCACCAAGGAAGCCCUGGUCCAGAAUGCUUCAUCUUUUUCUGGAAGACCACAUGUGCCGGUUCUAGAUUGGGUAACUGAUGGAUAUGGUAUAGUGAUGGCACAGUUUGGUCACUCUUGGAGACAGCAAAGAAGAUUUGCUCUCCACACACUCAGGAAUUUCGGCUUGGGGAAGAAAACUAUGGAGGAACGUGUGUUAGAAGAAGGACAAUGCCUGAUUGUUGAAAUGUGCAAAGCAAAAGGAGCUGCAUUUGACCCCCAACAUAUGAUACAAAAUGCAGUUUCCAAUAUGAUCUGUUCCAUCGUGUUUGGAGAUCGCUUUGAAUACGAUAACAAAAGCUUUGGAUAUCUUCUGAAAAUACUCAACGAAAACAUCAUGAUGGCAGGGUCAUUCAUUGGGCAGUUGUUUAACUUGGUUCCCUUCAUCAAGCACUUCCCCGGGCCGCACCAAAUAAUGCGCCGUAAUGCUGAUAAGUUAAAAGGUUUUAUCAGGGAAGCUGCUGAAGAACACCACAAAACUCUAGACCCGGACAACCCGCGGGACUAUAUCGAUGCCUACCUGCUGGAGAUGGAGAAACAAAAAUCAACAGAGGACUCCACGUUUCAUGAGAUGAAUUUGGUUAUGACUGUGUGUGAUCUGUUUUUGGCUGGAACCGACACAACGGCGACCACUAUCAGAUGGGGUCUUAUCUAUCUGAGUCAAAACCCUGAUGUACAAGAGCGAUGUCAUGAGGAGAUUGUUCAGGUGUUGGGUUAUGAUCGUCUGCCCAGCAUGGAUGACCGUGACAAACUUCCAUACACAUACGCCACUGUUCAUGAGAUUCAGCGCUGUGCAAACAUCGCACCGUUGGGUGCAGUUCACGAAACCACUCAGCCUUCAAAACUACGAGGAUACGACAUUCCCAAGGAAACUCAGAUAAUGGCAAACCUAACAGUGAUUUUAAGUGAUAAAGAGCACUGGAAACAUCCAGACACUUUUAAUCCAGAGAAUUUCUUAGAUGAUAAUAAAUGUUUCUGCAAACCGGAGUCUUUUCUGCCUUUCUCCUUGGGUCCAAGGGUUUGUCCUGGGGAGACCUUAGCAAAGACCGAGCUCUUCCUCUUUAUCACUUGCCUUCUACAAAAGCUUCGUUUCUCAUGGCCACCAGGUGCGGAGAGCCCAGAAAUGGAUGGGAUUUUUAGUAUGGUUCGCUCACCACAGCCGUUCAACAUCAUCUGCUGUAGCAGAGGAGCCAAUGAGUGAUCAUCUACAGUAUAAUAAAUACAAAACAUCUUAAGAAAGGCUCCUAAAGUUAUCCUAGAUGUUUUGAGAUGGAAGAGAUUUGAGUAAUGUUGUUGAAGAAGUUGAACACUUCUUUUUAGUAACAUUAGACUAGUUAAGAUUACAUUAUGCAUUUAGCAGAUGCUUUUAUCCAAAGUGAUUUGCAGUUCAUUACAAUGUAUAUAUUAUACUAUACAAGAUCUCAGAGAUGGAUAAAAAGUGUUAGCAGAUAUUUCACCUAUUUGUUGAACUGUACAUUUUAUUUUGUUGUCAUUGCCAUACCACUGUGAAGCAUUUUUCUCAUGAUGUAAUCUCAGGUUGGAGUACCUCAAACAAGCCUGUACGGGGCAACAUUAGUACUGUGAUGGUUUUGAAACAAACUAAAGGGUGGAUGGGUUGUAAAGCACUUGUAAAACUGACUGGUGCUGAUGUCAUACUAUUAUGCACAUUAUUAUAAAAUCAGAAAAUGUACACGCACACUAUUAGCCAUUUUACUGUAAUGCAAAUCUUUUUAUUCUUUUUUUACAUAUAUUAAUUAUUUUAACAUAAAAUUAAACAUUUUAUAAAAUUUGAGUGAAUGUACAGUAUUUGAACUGCAUGAAUCUCAUUUCAUACCAAAAUAGAAAGAAUGUGUUUAAAGAUUUUGUCAUUUUUACAUCCACAUUUUUGUCAUGACAUAUCAGUGCUGCCCUACACAUUGAUUUUUGGGGUGUAGUCUUAAAAAUGAUAUUCACCAAUUUGAACAGCACAUGUAAUUUCAUUUAUUAUGAAAGCAUCUGGGUUCAUAAAUUACAAUCUGCAUGUAAAGUCCCAUAACCCAGCAGUUAAAAGUCACCAUUAUGGUGAUUAGUGUUUCCUUUAGUUAGGCAUUUGUCCCUUGACCUUCUCUGAGUUAAUGCUCCAUUUUAAGCAAUUGGGUCAUUCUGAAAAUGCUGGCUUUCCUGUCCCGGUCUCAACCACCAGGAAAACACUUAAAAGUGUCAGAUAAUGACACAAAAUAUAUGUUUUUUGUUUUAAUUGAAGUGUUUUAUUAUUAAUAAAACAUAUGUGAGACAGUAA